AAGCGCGCGCGCCUGUGAGAGAAGCUCGUGGGGAGCGGAGCCGCCCGGAGGGAUCAAAGGAGGGCGACGCCCCGACGGAAGCUCAGGCUGCCGUGUUCUGACGACGUCCACCAAUGGGCUGAGGGCGUGGGCGGGGCCACGAUGAGUGCCGGGCUGCUAUUGGAGGAGACGCUCAUCAAGCGCUCGCAGCAGAAGAAGAGGACGUCGCCGCUGAACUACAAGGAGCGACUGUUUGUCCUGACGGAGAGCCAGCUGGCGUACUACGAUGGACGGAGAGAGAGGAAGUUUCAGAGAGGCUCGAUCGAGCUGAGACGCAUCCGAUGCGCCGAGAUCGUGAAGCACGGAGGAGGAAUCAUGCCCUGCCAGAACAAAUACCCCUUCCAGGUGGUCUACGACAACAACACCCUCUACGUGUUCGCCCCCAACCCCGACAGCAGAAGCCUCUGGGUCCAGAGCCUGAAGGGGGAGAUCAAAGACAACGCCGUGGUCUCCGCCAAGUUCCACCCUCAGUUCUGGCAGGAAGGGGCGUGGCUCUGCUGCCGGCAGGCGGAGAAACUGGCGCCCGGCUGCGAGGAGUACAACCUGUUUGCAGACAUUUCAAGAAAACCGCUACCGCCGAUUCCUGAAGACGAGCGAAACAAGAAGGUAACCACACGCACACACGCACACGCACACACGCACAAACCGGCACACACGUUGCUCCUCCUCCUGCAGCGGCCCCCGCCCCCUCUCCCCCCGGGCGACGAUGAAGAGGAGCAGCAGGAGGAGGAGGAGGAGGAGGUGGUGGUGGCGCUGUACGACUUCCCCGGCACCGAGCCGCACGACCUGAGUCUGGUCAAAGGGGGCGAGUACGUCAUCCUGGACAAGUGCGACGCCAACUGGUACAAAGCGCGCAACCAGCAGGGGGAGGACGGAUACAUCCCCAGCAACUACGUCACCGAGCGGAAGUCCGGCAGCCUGGUGCAGUUUGGUUGGUACAGUAAACAAGUCAACAGGAACAAGGCCGAGGAGCUGCUGAGGAAGGAGGACAAAGAAGGAGCUUUCGUGGUCCGAGACUCCAGCACCCCGGGGGCCUUCACCGUGUCGCUGUACACUAAGUCCGGCGCAGGGAGCGGAGUUGCAUGCAUCAAACAUUACCACAUCAAGGAGACGCUCACAUCGCCGCCGCAGUUUUACCUGGCUGAGAAGCACCUGUUCAGCUCCGUCCCCGAACUCAUCGAGUACCACAAACACAACGCGGCAGGUCUAGUUGCCCGGUUGCGGUAUCCUGUAGGGAAGCAGGACAAGUCGGCUCCGUCCACCGCCGGCUUCAGCUACGAGAAGUGGGAGAUCAACCCCAGCGAGCUGACCUUCAUGAAGGAGCUGGGCAGCGGUCAGUUCGGCGUGGUGAGGCUCGGAAAGUGGCGAGCUCAGCACAGAGUGGCCAUCAAGGCCAUCAGGGCGGGUGCCAUGUACGAGGAGGACUUCAUCGAGGAGGCUAAAGUCAUGAUGAGGUUGUCCCACCCGAAGCUGGUGCAGCUGUACGGCGUCUGCAGCCAGCAGAAGCCCAUCUACAUCGUCACGGAGUUCAUGGAGCACGGCUGCCUGCUGAACUUCCUCAGGCAGCGGCGGGGCAGCUUCGGCCUGGGGUCCUUGCUGAGCAUCUGCCUGGACAUCUGCGAGGCCAUGGAGCACCUGGAGGCCCACCGCUUCAUCCACAGAGACCUGGCUUCCAGAAACUGUCUGGUGAACGACUCUCUGGUGGUGAAGGUGUCCGACUUCGGCAUGACCAGAUACGUGUUGGACGACCAGUACACCAGCUCGUCGGGGGCAAAGUUUCCAGUGAAGUGGUCGCCUCCCGAGGUCUUUAACUUCUGCAAAUACAGCAGCAAGUCGGACGUGUGGUCGUACGGGGUGCUGAUGUGGGAGGUGUUCACAGAGGGCCGCAUGCCGUUUGAGCAGAGUCAGAACCACGAGGUGGUCACCAUGGUAACCAAGGGGCAGCGCCUGCACAGGCCCAAAAUGGCCCCGCUCGCCAUCUACGACAUCAUGCAGCUCACCUGGCAGGAGAGACCCGACGAUCGUCCGUCGUUCUCUCAGCUCUGCCCGAUGAUCUCAGACGCCCUGGAGAGCGACACCCCUCCCCCCAACUGACCAAUCGGCCGCCUCCAACGCCGCAAACCGGCCGGUCCUCAGGGUGCUGCAGCAGCGACCCGCCGGAGCUACAACACGGAACGCACGGCGCGAAGGUACCUGCACCUGCAGAGGGAGGAGAAGGACCAAUCACGGUGCUCUUAAACGCAGACCCGCUGCCCACGUUGGAGCGACAGCGUGACGCACUAAUGGAGUCAUUUUCCACCGGACGCGACAGAACCAGAAGAAAUCUGUGAAUGUUUCAGGGCGACGUCAGUUAACCCAAAUGUUAACAUGUUCCUGUGUGAUUACACUGUAUGAAUAUGUAUCCAUGUACACUGACGUGCUUCAUGUUCCAGGUCGCACCUGUUCAACCUCGCUGUAGUUGUUCUGUAGUUGACAGUUAAAAGUCCUAAAGUCAUAAAUGUCCACCUGCGGAUCCGUAGAGAUGAACAGUUCUGCUGCUGCAGCAUGAAGGGAAACGAGCCUUCUGACCUUCUUCUGAUCUUCUUCUGCAGCCGGACAGGAAAUGACGUGUGUGUAUUUCCGUUUUUUCCGUCUUUUAAAAAAAAAUUGUAAUUUAACAAUUUUACACGUAUAAUUUCCGUGAGUAAACAGCUAACCAGCUAAAUAAAGCAGAAAUUAAGGUUAAAGAACAAUAAAUAUAAAUACAUGUAAAUAAAAACCUGAUGGGGUUUGUGUCGUGUUUUAA